AGGUGUCGACAGCUCAACCAUGGACGCCACGAGGACCAUGCUGGACGUGGAGCUGCGCAUUGGCGACGACGCCCAAGAGACGCAGGUCGACGUGCUCACAUACGAAGAGUGGGGCGCACCGCACCUCACGUACGACGAGUACCUCGACCGCGAAGACCAGUUUCGCGCGACGCCGUUUGCGGAUGACGCUGUGACCGACUACGUCUUGGUGCCGACGUCGGACCCGAGCACGCUCGACCUGCGUGGGUAUCUCGAGGUCUUUAAGCGACCGGUUGUGCUUCGCCCAUGGAGCCCCUCGGCCGAUCUCGUCUACCUCGAUGGCUGGAGCGUCGCGUCCGUGUACACGCCGGCGCGUCACCGCAAGAAGGGCUAUGCAUCGGCCAUGCUUGCUGCGUUCCUUGACCAAAAGAAAGACGCGUACACAGUGGUCAAUCUCUACUCGGACAUUGGCACGAGCUUCUACGCGGCGCGAGGCUGGGUGCUUGCGCCAUCGUUGGAGAUCUCGCUGCCCGCCACGAUGUCAGCACCCACGCGCUUGCCUGUUGGCUGGACACUACGGCCGCUGGCCACACCCGCCGACCUCGAAGCCAUUGCUACGCACGACCAGGAGCGUGUAGCCGGCCGGCUACAGCCGGGCGAGCUUGCUUUUCUGCUCUCGGCGGACGCGAUUACCUUCUUUCACGUGCAGCACGCGUACUUUGCCCGCGAGCACUUGACGCUAUCGAGGCUGCCGACGACGUUUGGUGUCGUGCUGCAAGACGACAAGUCCAUCCUCGGGUACGUCGUUUGGGCCCACAACUUUGAAGAGAACCAGCUCGACAUCCUCAAGUACGACGGGUCGACACCCGAGGUGUUUGCUGCGUGCCUUCCCACGCUGCACGAGGAAGCCGCGCGCUGGAAUCUGGAAAACAUUGUCCUUUGGCCCACAGACAAGAUGGCCCUGCCGAACGACGUGCGUGCGCUGGCGACGCCCCGAAGCGACUCGCUCUCGAUGGUGCUCGUACGUACCUCGAAGGACAGCGAACGCGAGCUGCCGCCGUAUACGUGGGUUGCCAACGAAAAGUACUUGUAUGCCUAAGCGGUCAUACUAGCUCUUCUUUAACGCGACGUGAACACGGUUUGAAGCCGGCAAGUAUGUCGGUGGACCUUCACCUGAUA